UUGUGGACAGGAUGUCACAUGCAAAGCAACACAGUGAAUUUAUCAAACAAGUGAGUUGGCACUGCGGGGAAACACAUUAGUGGUACUCAUUCACAGGCAGUUUAUUUUCAGACACACGCUGCAGCACUGCUCCACUGCACAGUUGAUGAAGAGCAACCAGACUGGACCUUGUGAUCAUUAAACACCAUGGCACACAAUGUCAGCAUUUGUGAAACCGAUGUCGACUAUGAGAAUCUUGGAGAAGGGGAACCGGCUGAGGGUUUCUCCUUCCACCUCAUCAAUGAGCCAGCAACCAGCACCCAAGAGUGCCCCGAAACCGUGGAGAUGGAAGACUUUAGAGAAUGCACAGAUAUACAGGCAAACAGAAGCAGCUACACGAGUGACGAGUCACUUGACAGGCAACAGAUCAGCUCUCUGCAGAGACACUGCUGGUCAGCUGCAACAGUAAAAGUGCUCGCCUCCAUGCCCAGUCGCACUGCAGGGUUAAAUAAUCCUGCGUCCAUUUCCUGCCGAGCCCGACAUCAGGCCUCAUCCCGUGAAUCUCAUCACCGCUCCACACCAAUCCAAGAUGCCUCAGCUCUGGCAGACAUGGAGGAAAUCAAUACUGAAGAUCAGCUGGUGUCCAGCCUCCGAGGCCUCUCGCUGACUGAAGGCACGCGCAAGCUGCGGGCCAUGCCGCUUAGCCUGGCGGAUAAGAUGGAAAUCAGGAAAGCUGCUUUCAGAGUAGUAACUGAAAGCUCACUCAGCAGAUCUAUACCAUGCUACACUUAUCUAAGCGUGUACAUUUCACGGACUUGGCGCCACUGCCUCUUUAGCUGCCUGCCUGUCUUCAGUUCGCUCAAAUUGUGGCAUUCAGCCAUGAAGACACUGAGCGCACGUUAUGGAACCGGUGUGCUCUCUUACUUCCUUUUUCUGAGAACCCUCCUGUUCUUUAACCUCCUCCUUUUUGUCAUCACGGGCUUGUUUCUAAUCAUGCCACAAGCCAUCAACCCUCCAACUCCUCCUGCUGACUCUUCUGACUUCAGUGGCUUGGAGCUUCUCACGGGGAAGGGUUACUUUUCUCAGAGUUUGAUGUUUUACGGCUAUUACUCCAACAUCACCACCAGAAUUCAUUCUACUGUGCCGUACAGCAUACCAGUAGCCUAUUUGUUGGCCAUUGCCUUUGCCUUCUUCAUUAUCUGCAUCAUCCUCGUGUACAGGUUGUCCAAAUCCUUUGGGAGAAAUUUUCAAGCCCUCCAGUCUAACAGGAAUCUGGCUCUAAAGGUUUUUUCCUGCUGGGACUUUAAAGUCACCAAGAAGACAUCUGUCAGACUUCAGUCUGAGAAAAUCAGCACUCAGCUCAAAGAGCAGCUGUCUGAGAUGAUCAGGGGAGAGGACAGAAGGACCUGCAUGCAACAACUCUGUUGCCUCAUGGUCCAUCUGUUGGCAUGGGCCGCGUGUUUGGUUAGCAUCGCCCUGGGCACCAUAGGAGUGCACUACCUGCCAGAGGGCAUUCUCAAACUCCACAAGAAGAAUCUGUCUGAAGAGACUGAGCUGCUGCUCUUGUCUGCCGUGGUUUCCGGCAUUAACUUGUUGCUCCCUGGCUUCUUCAACUUAUGUGUUUGGGCAGAGAAAUAUGAGUCACCUGCUGCGCGUGUUUAUGUCUCCAUCUUCAGGAACCUGUUGUUAAAGGUCAGUGUCAUUGCAGUUCUGUGCUACCGCUGGCUGGAGAGAAUUCCCCCCAAAUCAAAAAGUGGUGAGCUGAAGUGUUGGGAGAAUUUCGUAGGCCAAGAACUGUAUCGGCUCCUUGUGAUGGACUUUAUCUUUACGGUGCUUUACACUUUUUUGGGAGAGUUCCUAUGGAGGAUCUUUUCCAAGAAAAUGCUGAAAAAGAACAGGAAGCCAGUGUUUGACAUUGCUCGUGGUGUGCUGGAGCUCACAUAUGGGCAAACUCUUACAUGGAUUGGGGUGCUGUUUGCUCCACUGCUUCCUGCAGUCCAACUCAUAAAACUAUUUGUGUUGUUUUACCUGAAGAAGAGAAGUCUCAUUCUCAACUGUCAGGCCUCCAAAAAGCCCUGGAGGGCGACUCAAAUGACAACUCUGUUCACCUGUCUGUUGUGGUUCCCCUCAUUUCUUGGUGCAGUUGGCUCUGUCAUUUAUACAGUUUGGAUAAUCAAACCCUCGGAAGUGUGCGGCCCCUUCAGGAAUCUCACCACAAUGUUUGAGGCAGGGCAGAUGUGGACCAGGUACCUGGAGGACGCUCAUCCAAUCCUGAAAGGGCUCAGCCGGGUCUACGACUGUGUCAUAGAGAAUCCAGUGUUGCUAUUCCUCGUCAGUGGAGUGAUGCUGAUGGUGAUAUACUUUCAGGCUCAAGUUGUUGAUGGCCAGAGGAAAAUCAUCAGCCGGUUAGAAAAGCAAAUUGAAAAUGAGGGUAAGGACAAAACGUUCCUCAUAGCUAAACUGCAAGAUUUAUGAAACUGACUGGACUGUUUUCCCUCACAGUCUCUGGAUGAAGAGCACAGAGAAUAUAGUACACUAUAGCACACUAAACAGUAGUCUGGCUGAGUGAAAAGUAUUUUGUUUUGAGAUUACUUCAUCAAAGCUGAGUCGAUGAUCCAGAUCAACAGGAAUAGAACACAAAU